CGCGUCCUCGCCCGGGUGGCAACGGAACCCGCUCUCCGGACAUUUCCGAGCAACAUUGGGUUCGUCCAAGUGGUGGCAGAAUCAUGUCUUUUAAACGAGAGGGAGAUGACAAGAGUCAACUCAGUAUUCUUAAGAAACGACGUGUGGCAGACCUACUAUCCAAUUUUAUUCCGGAUGAUGAGGCUACUCUUUUGAAAAAUGGAAGAUACACUUGCCUUGUGUGCUCCUACCGCCCUGUGUUUGAUACAGUUGAUACACUGACAGUCCACAGGCAAGGAAAGAAGCAUCUAGCAGGAUUAAAAGCCUUUUAUGGCAAAAAAGCAAAACUCAAGAAUGAAAUAACAAAAAGGCAACAUGAAAACUACAUCCAGGCUGAAGACAGACAGGCACCGUCCAGUUCAGCACCUUUACUGGAACAAACCCGGAAGCUCACUCACCACGCUUUACUGAAGACGGUCCCGUAUAACAGCUGUCACAGAAAAACCAGCACGAAACCCGAAAAAAACCAGGUUAAUCCCACUGGAAACCCUUGCAACAAAAUACCACCUGAACACUUGAAAGAUGAUGUUUCAGAUCGUUUACCAACAAGCAGUUCUGUACACUGUGCAGAGUCUUUAACAACAGCAGACAGAUUAGGAUCAAAGUCUGCUGCAAACCAAGCAGAGGAACCUCUGACAGCCCAGAGGAGGAUGGAGCUGGAGCAUUAUCUCAAACUGAAAAGUGAUGGAUGGGUGCGAGACCUGAACGGCCGUUGGGUUAAAGAUGAGAACGUGGAGUUUGAUUCAGAUGAGGAGGAGCCUGCUUCACCUGCACUUCUACCUACAAAUCACUGAGAGGACUAUGAACUGUGAGAAAACUCACCAAAUCCUGAACCACACGGGGUACGAUUAUAGAAACAGCCAGAACUCUGUUAGCAAAAACUUCCUUAAACAGAUUGAGCAACUUUUUCAUAGGUUAUAUUGUUAUAAUUUGAUACAUUUUCCAUAUUAAUUUCCCUCCAGCAUUAUAAUAGAUUGUCAGUGAGAAGAGACCCAAUUACACCUGUAUCCACGUGUUCAUCGAUCACCACCAGUUUCACAAAAUCAUUUUAUCACUAUCAAAAAGAAAGUAAUUUUAUUUGACUGAAACCAAUUUCCUGCAGAAAAUAUUCUGUCCUAAGUCUUCAUAGUGUGAAAUUAAGCGACAUAUGAAAAGAAACGAAUGCAUCCAACAGAAACAUUGAAUAGCUGACAGAAAAUAGAGAAUUUAUUACAUUUCAGCACGCAUGGAUGGUUUUGAAGACUUACCUUUUUAAUUAAACUCUCAUUACUCCAACUUAUUGAGAGUUCACUGUCAAACUCAUUGCCUAUCUUUGACCCCAAAAAGAAGAAACUUGUUAAAUGGAGGAAAUUCAAUUUUCACAUACUGUAUAUGUUGUGUUAAAGUCUACAGCUGUAAAAUCAUAAAUUGAUGUCUUUUAAAAGGGAGUAAAACUUGAAAAGAAAAAGUGUUAUUGUGUAAGAAGCAGUGUUUUCAGUAAAUAAAAGAGAGUUAAAGAAAUUAGUAGUGGACGGAACUCAAGCAAACAGAAUCUUCAUAGGUUAGCAGCUGUUUCUGUUUAUACAUUUUUAAUGAGUGCACAAGAGUUCGACCUUCUUAAGUUAGUUUUUAUAUUUGGACCAAGGUAACUCAAGCCCACCGGGCAAAGUUAUGUUUUGCGUCAGGGUCGAGAUGGGACAUAAAAUAGGUCAAGUGUUUGGGGGGACCAGAAAAGACUUAAAAGAAAAUGAAGUGCUGUGGGUUCCUCUGAGACGACGUCACCUAAUCUUCAUUGUAGAGCUUAUUAAAAUGGGCGUUAUCGAAAAUUGAAUCAAAUUAUUGUAAAUUGUUGCAAAGUUUGUUGACUUUUUUUUAACAAUUCAUUCAGCUUCAUCUCCAGAAAUACAUUCAUAUAGGUAUUUGUUUCUAAGAAUGCACAGGGUGUAAAAACAACACUGAACUUGCCAAAAAUGUAGAAGAAAAUAGUUAAAUAUACACUUUUAUUGAACUUAUUUACAAAUUUGUUGUCCGUCCCACAUAUAAUUUAGCACCACAGUGAAAUAGUUUUCAUGUAUCAAAAGAACGUGUUGUGUUGAUGUAGGUGAAG